CAAUAAACGCACCCCCAGCUCACCAUUAUUUCUGUACAACUACCGCAUUAACUCUCCAUCUGUCUUUAUUUAUUAUCAAAACCUAAUCAUCCAUCCCUCACUGCUCUCUCCCUCCUAAACCUCACUAAGCUAAUCCAACAAUGGCAACUUACAAUCUCGCUUUAAUCCUCGGAAACCCCUUAAACGACGCCGAAUUCCUCCUUGCAAAGCAAACCCCACCUCCAAAAUUCGGAAUUGAAGAGUAUGAUUCAUUCGUUGACUCUGAUCUCUGGGACUUACCCUCAAAGAAGCUGGACCUUGUAGAAGGAGAAUUGGAGCCUGGUAGUCUUGUUAUCGAAGGCAUAGAGAGGACCAGUCUGCUCAAAUUUGAUUUUGAUUCGGCUAUUAACAAGGUUUUGGAGCAAGUGGGGUUUAAGGCAAAUGAUGGAGGAGAGUGGAGAUUUUUGAAGCAUCUAGAGGAAGCUGAGUUUGGCCCAGGAUUGCCAGUUCAUACGGUGUACAUUUCGGGAAAAUUGUUGAACCGGAAUCAGAAUUUGCCAGGGCUGUGUAAGUGGAUGUCUAUCCAGAGUUGUUUAAGCUGGCUUGUGGAUGUAAAACCAAGUAGUGAUCGCGUGGGACCCUUGGUAGUUCUUGGUCUUAUUAAUGAUUCCGUGCAUUCUUCAGAGAAAGUGAACACUGCCUUGGAUUAUCAGGAAUAUCCACCUGGUGUUAUAAUUGUGCCUAUGAGAAGUAGAACAGCCAAGCCUUUCCACACAACAAACUUGGUUGUAUUUGCGCCUGAGAGUGUAAAAAAUAAAUGCGAGGAUUACAAUUUUGUAGCACACGGAGAUGCAUUGAUAGUGGACCCAGGAUGCCGUGCUAAUUUUCACAAGGAGCUCUUGAAAGUUGUUGCUCCUCUGUCGAAAAAGUUGGUCGUCUUUGUUACCCAUCACCACAGAGAUCAUGUAGAUGGUCUUUCUGUCAUCCAAAAAUGCAACCCUAAUGCCACUUUAUUAGCACACAAGAACUCAAUGCACCGCAUUGGGAAAGGUGACUGGUCUCUUAAUCACAUCUCAGUUUCUGGAGGUGAAGACAUUUGCAUCGGUGGUCAGAGAUUGAAUAUUAUUUUUGCUCCGGGACAUACAGAUGGGCACUUGGCACUGCUUCAUGUUGAUACUCACUCGUUGAUAGUAGGUGAUCAUUGUGUGGGUCAAGGAAGUGCCCUCUUGGACAUUACUUCUGGUGGAAAUAUGACUGAUUACUUCCAAUCGACUUACAAAUUUAUUGAGCUUGCCCCACAUGUUUUGAUCCCAAUGCAUGGAAGAGUUAAUUUGUGGCCAAAGCGCAUGCUUUGUGGAUAUCUAAAGAAUCGUAGAAGUAGAGAAUUAUCGAUCUUGGAAGCAAUAGAAAAUGGAGCAAAGACAUUAAUUGACAUAGUUGCCAAUAUAUAUUCAGAGGUUGAUCGCAGUCUUUGGUUUCCUGCUUCAUCAAAUGUUAGGCUUCACGUGGAGCAUUUGGCUCAACAAAAUAAGUUACCAAAGGAAUUUUCGAUUCAGAAGUUCCAAAGGACUUGCGGGGUGCAUUUUAUAUCCAGAUGGAUUUGGGCAUAUCUUGCUGCUGAAUUUCUGUCCCGGUCCAAGAACCUACAUAUACCCAAAAUACUAAUCGGUGGAGCAGUGGUCAGCUUCGCCGUGUUAUACUCGUUAAAGUACAAGCUCAGCUGAAAGUAAGAGAGGUAAGGGUGUACAAUUUGCGGCUUUCUGGAAAAUGGUUGACGCAUUAUGGCUUUCAUAUGGUGAUUAUUCAUCGUGUAUUUGAGGCUUCAUGGAAAAUGUUAAAAAUGCACCGGCAGCUAAACCUUCCAAAGAAGGGCAGCAUUUUAUGAUACAAGGUGCUUCCACAAAGCCAAUCAUUGAUAUUACUAUGGAUAGCUGCGAUGUAUAAUUUCUCUGCGACUGAAAUAGUUGCCUUCUCAAAGCUUUAAUCAUGUAGGUGAACCAGUCUCGGUAUGGAAAAUUUUAUGGUGCUGAACCUAUACUAUAACCAAUUAUAUUAUCAGAUAUGAUUUUUCCUCUC